AUGUCGCUGCGUGCGCUCCUCAACGACGAACCGCAAAAUCCAAUUCCGCCGCGUACUGGCACUUCUUCCAACGCCUCUAUUCGCAAUAUCAUCAACACUGACCCUCCAGCUCCUCCUCCAGCCGCCCCAUCGGUCCCCUUUCCAUCCUCGGCAGAGACGCCGUCCAUCCCUCCCACGUCCGAUUAUGGCCGUGCUACGACGGCCUCCCCGGCAAAGCUCAACGGUUCAUCUUCUUACCAUGCACCUGCUAGAACGCCAAAGAAGAGUCAACACGACACGCCGUUUUAUUCACCUCAACGACCCGCUCCUCAUCAUGAAGAACACAAGAUGGAGGUCGACAAUGCGCCAAAUGGGAAUACAAUCGAUGAAUCUAGAUACGGGAGUACAGGCAGGAGUAAUCUUACCGGACGAACGUCUCCUGGACUCGUCCGACCUCGCGCGUAUUCUUCCGAUCUAGAGGAUCAUCAAAAUGUCUGGGAGGCCGCCAUUGGCAAGUAUGCCCUCAAGACGCGUACCAAGAUGCGUGACAUUGAGCGUAUUUUCACCGAACACAACAGACAAGCCAAUGCCAUUGUCGCGCAAAACGUAAAGUCGCAAAUGGCGUCUCGAAUGCUCAAAAUCCAAAUGCGGCAGCAAGUCCAACAGUCUCAGUCUCGGUCGUCACGUCCCUAUGCAAGUCUCAUCGUCGGUUCGGAUCAUUCGCGUGCAGGAAGCGAAGCAGGCGAUGGAUACGACGAUGAAGACGACGAAGGUGGACGCGGGUUCCUCGGUGUCCCAGGUAUCAAGCGCGAUUGGGAUGCCAGUGCCGCGCCAAGCGCAGACGAGGCCGACUCUGUCUCUGGCGUCAAGCGCGAUGGUCGUCGUAGAAAGGCCCUCAUGGAUCCAGACGACGACGACGAUUCGGUUGCAGGCGAAGGUGGUUCGGUUACCGGAACACCCAGACGCUCUGCGAAAAAACGCAAGGUCGACGUGACCACGGCUCCCAAAGGAAGUGGUGGUCUGCUGGCUCCAAAGGCGUCUAUGCCUUCUCUCAAGGGUGCUAAAAAGGGACCCAGGCGGUCUACCAAAGGCAAAGAUGUCGGUGUCGGACGCGUAGGUCUCAAGGAAUGGAAUUUACCCUACCCCGAUAUCGGACCUCCACCUCUGCUCGUACCGCCUCCAGCCACCUCAACAGCUCCUUCCGACUAUGACGCCAAAUUUGCCUCUGUAUGGUCGACCAUUGUCAAAGACGCCGUUCCGUACACGUUCAAGGCGAGAGCCAACCAUCUCGCUGCUGUCAAGAUUGUCAACGAGCGCGUCGCCAAAUGGUGUGCGACAGCAGCGAAGCGUGGGUGGGGUGGCGAGUAUACCCCGUUUGUCCGACGCGAGGGCAAAGACAAAGACGCUGGAGGUCGCUUCGGACGUGACCCUGUGGCAAAGACGAAAAAGCUUCAACGCGAGUUGCUCACUUUUUGGAAAAAGAAUGAAAAGGAGGAAAAGGAAGAACGACGACGACGCGAAAAGGAGCGUGUAGAAAAGGCUCGUAUGGAGUUGGAGAAAAAGGAAGAACUUCGCCAGCGCCGCAAGCUCGAGUUUCUUAUCACGCAAACAGAACUUUACAGCCAUUUCGUCGGCAAGAGGCUCAAAACAUCCCAACUCGAAUCAGAAGAUCCGGAUGGUGAUGUUGGUGCUGAUCCUGCGCUCGAGGAUGAAAACGACGCCGCAGAUCUCGAGUUGGAUAUCGACGACGGGCUCGCUGAAGAUGACGACGGCGCUCUCGACUUUGACAAAGACGAUCCAAAGCGUCUCCAGGCACUUGCACGGAGACAGGCCCGCAAGCGUAUGUUGGACAUUCGACGCCGUGCUGUCGACUUUGACCAGGCGCGUCGCGAGGCCAAUGCAGCGGCGGCUCUCCUCGAGAUGGAGGGUGGCAAUGUCCCUGCCUCUGCCACGCUCUCUGAUGCCGAAAGGCGCAUGGAAGCGGCUGGUGGAGACAAGCUCCGCGGUGAAGCAUUUGCGAACAAGAUGGACAUUGAUGACCUCGACAAGGUGACUGGGCUCAAAGAUUUGGAUUCGGACGAGCUCAACUUCCAAAACCCAACGAUGCUCCAAAAUCGUGAAAUGCUUCCUCAACCGGCAAUGCUCCAAGCGACGUUGAAAGACUACCAACUCAAAGGACUCAAUUGGCUUGCUGGUCUCACGCAGGGUCUUGGCAAGACAAUUCAAUCCAUCGCUCUCCUUGCUCAUCUCGCUGAGCGUCAAGACAUUUGGGGUCCCUUCCUCAUCGUCUCGCCUGCAUCUACUCUCCACAACUGGCAACAAGAGCUCACUCGGUUUGUUCCCGCGCUCAAGGUAGUACCAUACUGGGGGACGGUUGCCGACCGAAAGACGCUGCGUAAAUUCUGGGCAAAGAAGGCUAUCGUCUACGAUCGCGAUGCGCCGUUCCAUAUCAUCGUCACCAGCUACAACCUCAUCUAUAUGAUUCUCGACGAGGCGCAGGCUAUCAAGAGUAGUAGCAGUGCCCGCUGGAACGUCUUGCUAGAUUUCCAUUGUCGUAAUCGGCUUCUCCUCACGGGGACACCUAUCCAGAACUCGAUGCAAGAACUGUGGGCGCUUCUUCACUUUAUCAUGCCGAGUCUCUUCGACUCUCACGACGAGUUUUCCGAAUGGUUCUCCAAGGAUAUUGAGGGGGCUGCUGGCUCGAGCGGUGGAGGGUUCAACGAGCAUCAGUUACGUCGACUACACAUGAUCCUCAAGCCAUUCAUGCUUCGUCGUGUCAAGCGCCAUGUUCAAAACGAGCUAGGCGAAAAGACCGAAAUCGACCUCUACUGCGAGCUCACGCCACGCCAAAGAUACCUUUACAAGGCACUCAGAGCCAACAGUUCCGUCGCAGAGCUGCUUCGGCAGGCAGCAAACUUUGCGACCGACGCAGCGGCGACUGCAUCGCUCAUGAACCUCGUCAUGCAGUUCCGCAAGGUCUGUAAUCAUCCAGAACUCUUUGAACGUGCCGAUGUCCAGGCUCCAUUCUCCUUUGCCAUGUUUGGUGGGACGAACAACAUCCUUCGAGAGGGAGAUUUUGUCGAGGCGCCUUACUCGUCCAAGAAUCCCAUCUCUUACUCGAUACCGCGAAUCAUCUAUACAGAGGGCGGACUCUUGGACGUACCAUCCGAAUCGUCUGGAGCAGGGUUCAAACGACGAUUGCUCGGAUGCUUGAUGAAUAUUUGGACACCGUCGUGGAUUAGCCAGCGCGCCCAAGACGGAUUCGCGUUCAUCAAGCUAUUGAACCAGACACCUUCCGAGGUUCAUAGAACCUACCAGUCGAGCAUAAUCGAACGCAUGCUCGCGUCUGCGCAGCAAGUAUACGACUUGCGCUCUGCUGGUCCCUUGAUGAGUGAUACCGAGCUCGUCGCGCGUUACACGCUCCCGUCCAAAUACCUUCUCAUCCCCACCAUCACGCGAUUCCUGGACCACGCCGAGGGCCUUCCGCCUCUGCACGAGAUUUCAUCGUGGGCAUGGAAUGCGACGCCGUUGUCUAGACGUCAAACGCAGAUCUAUGUUGAACAUGCCGCGGCACCUCCGAUCGACAUCACCUGUAGGUCAAUCAUCUUUAUGGACCACAUGUCGAGGAUCCACGAAGCUCCAUUGGAACACCUUGCGUUAUUCGGUCUGCCGCCAUGGUCUCGCGAAAAUCCUCAGAGAACUCUACGCUACUCGAAAAUGCUCCCAUUCGUCGCUCCGGGCGGUCUCGUGUCAUCGUCGCCAUCGAUUCAACUUCCGGCUGCUCAGAUGCACGUACCAGAGCCAAAGCGUCUCAUCUUUGACUCUGGAAAACUCGCUCGCCUCGACAGUCUUCUCAUGGAACUCAAGAGUGGCGGUCAUCGCUGUCUUAUCUACUUCCAAAUGACGCGAAUGAUAGACCUGAUGGAGGAAUAUAUGAUCUUCCGCCAAUACAAGUACCUUCGACUUGAUGGAGACACCCGUUUGGAAGAUCGUCGUGACAUGGUGAUGGAUUGGCAGCAAAGAGACGAUAUCUUUUGCUUCCUCCUCAGCACCCGCGCUGGAGGUCUCGGUAUCAAUCUUACUGCCGCUGACACCGUCAUCUUUUACGAGUGCGACUGGAACCCGUCCAACGAUGCUCAAGCCAUGGACCGAGCACACCGACUAGGACAGACAAAGCAAGUCACUGUCUAUCGGCUGAUCACUCGAGGAACGAUCGACCAACGUAUCGUUCAAAUGGCUGGUGUCAAGAAAGAUGUUCAGGACAUUGUUGUCGGCAACAAGCCAUUUGUCGAAUCACACAAACCAAGCGAGAUUGUCAAGCUAUUGCUCGACGACGACGAACUCGAGGCUCUACAAGCUCGUGGCGACGUCUCGUCACUCUCCGUACCUGCAUCUGGUCCGGGAUCUGGAAUGGUCACUCCAUCUGGUGGUCGACGACCUCCAGUUCAGGUCCACGGGAUUUGGGAGACUGAGGACGAUGGUUUCUUUACUGGAGGCCGUAUGCAGCAACAGAUUCAGCAAGACGAAGACAUUGAAUUUGGUGGCGCCGGGAUGGGAACAGCCAUCUCUGGCAGUGGAAUGAACACUCCGGGUGGGUUUGAAGGAGAGGCUAUCGGUGCAACAAGGGGCCGUGGUAGAGGCCGUGGUCGUGGACGUGGUAGAGGACGCCCUCCGGGUAUUCCAAACGGCGAAGGAAAGAGUCGAUCCCGAGGGCGAGGGACCGGUGUCAGACGAGGCAGAGUCAAGGUUAUUCCAGCACAGAUGUAG